GGGCGCAGACUGGUGGGAGCGGGUGGUGCUGAAGGAGUUCAGCCCCCGGGACUGGCUGGAGAAGUUCCGGAUGUCCAAGGAGACCUUCUUCUACAUCUGCAACCAGCUGCGUCCUGGGCUGGCUCCGCACAGCGCCCACUUCCACCCCGCGCUGCCCCUGGAGAAGAGGGUGGCCGUGGCCCUGUGGCACUUGGCCACCAACGUGGAGUACCAAACUCUGAGCCCUCUCUUUGGUGUGGGGCCCUCCACGGUGCAGACGUGUGUGCGGGAGGUGAGCUACGCUGUUGUCUUGCUGCUGAAGCCUCUCUACCUCCGGCUACCCAACGAGAAGGAGCUGGAGAACAUGGUGCGCAUCUUCCGCACCCGCUGGGGCUUCCCGCACUGCAUCGGUGCCCUGGACAGCCUUCACAUCCCCAUCCACCCGCCCCUGCGCCUCAGUGCUGACUACUGCAAUGGCCAGGGCUGGCAUUCCAUCCUUACACAGGCCACUGUGGACGGGCUGGGCCAGUUUUGGGAUGUCUCCACCGCUUUCCCUGGCAGCAUGGAGAACAGCGCGGUGCUGGAGAGCUCCAGCCUGUGGGUGCUGGCCAAGGAGGGCCGGUUGUGCCCCAACCCUCCCAAACACUUCAUGGGGAAGGCGCAGAAGUACGUGCUGCUGGGUGAUGCCACCUAUCCCUUGCAAGACUGGAUCCUCAAGCCCUACCAGGAGGAUGAGACCCUCACUCAGCGGCAGCUGCAGUUCAACUACCGCCUGAAGCGGGCGCACAGCGUGAUCGAGAACGCGUUCCUGCGCCUGAAGGCGCGCUGGCAGAUCCUCCUCAAGUGUGAUGACUGCAGCCUGGAGCUGCUGCCCACCCUCGUCCUUGCCUGCUGCAUCCUGCACAACGUCUGCGAAGCCCACGACAACCCCUUCAACCAGGA